AUGAUCGUCGAUUGUGAAAGGGAUAAAAUUGAAGUAACAGCUCAUGAACUAUUGAAAGAGAGGUUUGGUGAAAUUAUAUUAAGAUUUGGUGAAUCCUGUGGAGGAUUAUUUGUCGAGCAACAAUUCUUAAAGUUCAUUGAAAGUAAAGUUGGAGCUGGCGCAGUUGAAUCACUUAAAUGUGCACACUAUAGUCAAUAUCAAUAUAUGAUUCAAAGAUUUUAUGACCGCAUUCAAAUUCCUUUUACUGGAGAAGAUACAUCAUUCUCUUAUGAAUUUGAUUUAGAAAAUACUUGUCCUAUUAUAAGAGAUUAUGUUUCAGUUAAACAUGAAAUGGAGCGUGACGAAUGGGUGAUUGAAUUAGAUUACAAAACCGAGAAUUUAGCGAGUCAAGAUAUUUGCAGUCAAGAAUUAGAGAUCACUUUAAAAAUAUCGUUAAGUAUAUCUCGGUUCCACCUCAACCGACUUGUGCAGUUGUCCGUGGAGCAACCGAAUAUGGAUUAA